UGUCGGGAAAGGCAAUUAACAUGAUCGAAUGGUGAGCUGCUACUUAAACCGACUUGCCGAACCAGUUUCUGCAAAAUCGCUAUCCAGUUCGGAAUUCUCAGUGUGUUUGAAUGGGAGAAGCCGACGAUUCGAGAGUGCUCAUGGAACGUAACCAAGAACAAGACAAGGGGAAUCUCCAUAUACUAAUGUCUCCCAAAAUUCCAAAGGUGGUGAAACCGAUCAGUACUGCAGCCGGAUGUGAGAAUGUUAAGCGGCCUCGAGGGAGGCCGGAAGGGUCCAAAAACAAACCGAAACCGCCCAUCAUCCUCCCUCGUGACAAUGCUAAUGCAAUAAGAGCUCAUGCAAUGGAGGUUAGCUCGGGUUGUGAUGUAAAGGAGAGUUUAGCUAACUUUGCUAGGAAAAAGCAGCGUGGCAUUUGUGUGCUUAGUGGGAGGGGAUGUGUGACCAAUGUUACACUUAGACAACCGGCUUCAUCGGGCGUGAUCUUUACUCUUCACGGCUGCUGCGAGAUCCUCUCUUUGCUUGGAUCGAUCCUGCCACCUCCAGCCCCGCCUGGGAUUACGGGGCUAACAAUUUACUUGGCAGGCGCUCAGGGCCAGGUUGCUGGCGGAGUAGUAGUUGGUGCACUCAUUGCUUCCGGUCCCGUUCUCAUCAUGGCUGCAUCCUUCAUGAAUGCCACCUUUGAUCGUCUACCACUGGACGAGGACGAAGUUGCAGCAGCUAUGCAGAAUCAAUAUGACCAUCGCAAUGGUCCGCAUCAUCAGCUUGACAUUUCAGAUUACGGGAUGCUGCAAAACUUGAUCACCAGUGGCACUAAACCUCCCGAGAUGUACUCUUGGGCACCGGGACGAACUAUGUCCAAAUAAUCCUCAUUUAGUGUUAUUUACUGAGUUUUUCUCAUUGCAGUAUCUUCAC